AUGUGCGCGAAGACCUCCUUUGGCAGCGGCGUCGCAGCUGCGACGCGCCGGGCGCGCGUUCGCGCCUUGCCGGCGUUCGGGAUCGGCGCGGCGCCGAAGAGUCGCAGGAAGUUGGGCUUCAUAUCGGUGACGCGCGACGUCGAGCGCAUCCACACCAUCAGAAGUACGCAGAUCGAGCGACGCCCCGUGUCGGAGCAGAGCGACAAUGCAAUCAGGCGGACCUUCAGCGACGGCACAAAUGAGCGGUGUAAUCCCUCCUGUUUUUACACAAUCCACGUGCGCGCCGUGCGCGACGAGGAGGUCGAUGCCAAGACUGGGACAACUCCUAAUCGGUCGUUCACGUCGACGGUCCCUGAAGCCAAUGCGGCUUCCACACCUCGAAGGUCUCCAUCAUACACCCUGCGGAAGAAUUCGGAAGUUGAAACCAUGCUCGUCGACUGCACGCGCGCCAAACAUCCGCUCGAGUUCCGAAAUAUCCUUCGCGUACGACGUGGCCACGAGCGUCGCGACGUCGUCGAGGUCCCGCGCCGUCUCGCGCGCGCAGUCGACGACCCGCGGCGACGCGUCCACCCCCUGGACCCAGUACUCCGCGCCGUACGUCGUGAGGAACUCGUCGCCUGA